AUGCGUAUUAGAAAAAUGGAUCCUCUCGUUCAACUCUAUUCUAAUGCUCUACCAACAUUUCUAUCUGUCAAAACUAUUAUGAAUCGUGUUAUUAAAUCAUUGAGACCACCUUUGCCUCUUAUAAAUUCUGAUAUCCGAUUAUACGGGGAUUAUAAAUUAACACUUGAUAAUAAGACUUUUUUAAUUUGUAAUGAAAAUAAUGAAUUAUUAAUAUUUUCUACACAUGAACUACUUGAAAGUCUCUGUAAUGCCGACCAAAUUUUGAUGGACGGCACAUUUUUUUCGUGUCCUAUAUUAUUUAAGCAAUUAUACACUAUUCAUAUAAUGAUUAAUCAUACAAUAAUUCCUUGCGCAUAUAUAUUAUUGCCAAAUAAAAAUAAAGAAACGUAUCUAAAAAUGUUGAAUCUUUUAAAAAACUAUUGCCGAUCUAUAGGUUUUUCCUUUUCUCCUUCUAAAGCACUUAUAAAUUUCGAAAUGGGAGCACUUACAGAACUCGAAGAAAUUUUUCCAACCAUUUCUGUCAAGGGAUGCUACUUUCAUUAUUGUCAAUGCAUUUUAAGACGAAUACAGGGUAAUAGGUUGACAGCAUAUAGUCGUCUUAAUCCUGAUUUUAAGAGAUUUUAUCGCAGACUAAUGGCGAUACCUUUCUUAACCGAAAUCGACAUACGAUUGGUACUGUCAGAAUUAAAUAAUGAAGUAGAGGCCUUUAUAGAUCCCAUAAGAGAUCUCUUUACAUACUUUAAAAGUACUUGGAUUAACCCAAACGCUAAAUUUAAAUAUAAGAUGUGGAACAUGUAUGAUGUUCAAGGUGUUAGAACAAAUAACCAUGUUGAGGGAUUUCAUCGUUCUUUAAAAGAGUAUAUAACAUAUUCUCAUCCUAAUUUAUAUCUUUUUAUUGAUAUAUUAAAACAAAUACAACAAGAUAUGGAUAUAAAAUUUAUCCAAUUGCGUAAUGGGAAAAAAGUUACCGAAAGAAAAAAAAAUACUGUAUAA